UGCUACUUGAUAACUUGUAACUCGAACUUCAACUGAAAGACCAGAAAGUUGCCAAGCGAAAUAGAGACACUCGUAGGGAAGUUCCACGACUUUUGCGCAUUUCCAAUUUUCCAUUUGAUAUAGCCGCUAUCAUGAAUAAUAACGAUGUCGAAAUAAAUGAUGGUGAACAAGAAAAUAUAACUAGUGACGCACAGAAACCAGACAAGAUGUUCACUUUAAAGAAAUGGAAUGCUGUAGCUAUGUGGAGCUGGGAUGUGGAGUGCGACACUUGUGCCAUUUGUCGAGUUCAAGUUAUGGAUGCUUGCCUUCGGUGCCAAGGGGAAAAUAAACAAGAUGACUGCGUUGUUAUUUGGGGAGAAUGUAAUCACUCCUUUCAUAAUUGUUGUAUGAGCCUGUGGGUGAAGCAGAAUAAUCGUUGCCCUUUGUGUCAGCAAGAAUGGUCUGUUCAGAGAGUAGGAAAAUGAUUUUUUGAUUAUGUAGAAAAAAAUUUUUAUCUUCCCUUGUGUAAAACAUGUACUAUUGGUUUAUAGAAUGAAAUGUGUUUUAAGUUGUCUUUCAUAAUUUAUGCUCUAUACUAUUGAAUUGUCUCUUAUUUUAAUUGUUUAGUUAUUGUUUUUAGGUAUUUUUUCCAACAUAAGUAUAGACUUUCUCAGUCAUUGUUCUAGUUUCAGUAUAUCUCUGUUUCUUAGAAUUUUUAUUAUACAACAGCAAAUAAAGAUUUUUAGUAUGGA